UCCCAUCCCAGGCCGAGAGCAGAAGCUGCGGCUCUGUGCUCUGCUUCCACGCCGACUCGACGCCUCUCUUCUCCCGCUGCAGCUUUGAAGCUCUAUCCGCGGCUCACCCAGGUCCACACCGGUCCAUCCGUCUAUCCCACAACCUCCAUAUUCAGACAGGAUGGCAGCGCACCACCCACAGUUUGAGCAGGCCGGAAAGAACCCAGGCCUUCAGGUGUGGAGGGUGGAGAACUUCGACUUGGUGCCUGUUCCCAAGAAUCUCUAUGGGGGAUUUUACACCGGAGAUGCCUACCUCAUCCUCAACACCAUCAAACAGCGCUCUGGGAACCUGCAGUACGACCUCCACUUCUGGCUGGGGGAUUUUUGCACCCAGGAUGAGAGCGGCUCGGCAGCCAUCUUCACCGUCCAAAUGGACGACUUCCUGGGGGGGAAACCCAUUCAGUACCGUGAGGUGCAGGGACAUGAGUCCAAAACCUUUCUGGGCUACUUCAAGUCUGGAAUCAAAUACAUGAAAGGGGGUGUGGCAUCUGGAUUCAAGCAUGUCGUCACCAAUGAGGUGACAGUGCAGCGAGUGCUUCAGAUCAAAGGUCGCCGUGUUGUCAGGGCAACUGAGGUACCCGUCAGCUGGGACAGCUUCAACCAGGGAGACUGUUUCAUCCUGGACCUGGGAGAUGAGAUUUAUCAGUGGUGUGGCUCUGGGAGCAACCGCUUUGAGAAACUGAAGGCUACUCAGGUUGCCAAGGGUAUCCGUGACAGCGAGCGCAGCGGGAGAGCUCGAGUGUAUGUCUGUGAUGAGGGGGUGGAGAGAGAGAAGAUGUUGGAGGUUUUAGGUCCCAAACCAGAUCUGCCGCCUGGCGCCUCUGAUGACGUCACAGCUGAUGUUUCAAACAGGAAGAUGGCGAAACUCUACAAGGUGUCGAAUGCCAGCGGCGGCAUGUCCAUCGCUCUGGUGGCAGCAGAGAACCCGUUCGCCCAAAGUGCCCUGGAGUCUGGUGACUGCUUUAUUCUGGACCACGGCUCAGACGGCAAGAUCUUCGUCUGGAAAGGCAAAGACGCCAACAUGGACGAGCGAAAGGCAGCAAUGAAGGCAGCCGACGAGUUCAUCAAGAAGAUGGGUUACCCCAAACAGACACAGAUUCAGAUCCUGCCAGAGAUGGGCGAGACGCCACUCUUCAAGCAGUUCUUCAAAAACUGGCGGGAUAAAGAUCAGACAGAGGGCCUGGGCGUGGCCUACAUCGCUAACAGCAUUGCCAAGAUCGAGAAGGUGCCUUUCGACGCAGCCAGCCUUCACGAGUCCUCUGCUAUGGCUGCCCAGCAUGGGAUGGUGGAUGAUGGCAGUGGAGACAAACAGAUCUGGCGUAUUGAGGGAUCUGAUAAGGUUCCAGUGGAUCCAUCCACAUUUGGACAGUUUUACGGAGGAGACAGUUACAUUAUUCUGUAUAACUACCGUCAUGGAGGACGUCAGGGACACAUCAUCUACAUGUGGCAGGGGAUGGACUCCAGUCGGGAUGAAAUCGGGGCCUGUGCGAUCCUCAGCGCCAAGCUGGAUGAGGAGCUCGGUGGCGGUCCUUUGCAGGUGAGGGUGGUGCAGGGGAAGGAGCCGGCCCACCUGAUGAGUCUGUUUGGAGGAAAGCCCAUGGUGGUUUACAAGGGAGGAACUUCCAGAGAUGGAGGUCAGUCUGCUCCCGCAGAUAUCCGACUCUUCCAGGUGCGCUCUACCUCUGCAGGACACAGCAGAGCCGUGGAGCUUGACGCAGUGGCAUCCAACCUGAACUCCAAUGAUGCUUUCGUCCUUGUGACCCCCGAUGGCAGCUUCCUGUGGGUGGGAGUGGGUGCCAGUGACACGGAGAAACAGGGAGCUCAGCAACUGUGUGACGUUCUGGGAGUGUCGGCCUCUGAACUGUCUGAGGGAGGAGAGACUGAUCAGUUCUGGGGAGUUCUGGGUGGGAAGACAGAAUAUCGCACCUCCACCAGACUCAAGGACAAGAUGGACGCUCAUCCACCCCGACUGUUUGCCUGCUCCAAUAAGACUGGAAACUUCAUUAUUGAAGAGGUACCAGGGGAGAUGACUCAAGAUGACCUUGCUACUGAUGAUGUCAUGAUCCUUGAUACAUGGGAGCAGGUGUUUGUCUGGAUUGGAAAUGAAGCCCAGGAGGAGGAGAAGACUGAAGCCAUGGCAUCUGCUGUCCGUUACAUCGAGACGGACCCGGCCCACAGAGACCCCCGGACGCCCAUCGUCAAAAUCAAGCAGGGCUUCGAGCCGCCAACGUUCACCGGCUGGUUCAUGGGCUGGGACCACGACUACUGGACCACUGACCCACUGGAGCGUGUCAUGGCAGAGCUGGCCCUGUGAGCGCUCACCGGACCUCAAUGCCUUCACCUUUGACCCCUCUGCUGUGCUGCAAACACUCAACUAGCAAGACUUCUUUUUUUUUUUUGUUGAAUCUGCCAGUACACACUUAGUUUCACUAAAUGCACGUUUUCACGUUACAGUAGUGCCUUCAGAUGUGUUAUGCUACCAGCCAGUAGAAACAGAGUUUGGAGAUAGAUUUAGUUUGUUUUGCACUAAAUAUAAACCAAAACAAUUUUAUACUUUGACUAUAGAUCAUGAAAUAUAGCCAUACAGGAAGACAGUUUAAAGGUGGGUGUGCUGAACUCACUGCCAAGAAACCACAGCUUAGGACUACAAAUGAUACCUUAAUACAGUGGUUCCCAACCUGGGGUCCCCUAAAGAGCACAGGGGGUCCCCUGAGGCUUUGACUGUUCAGUGUGAUUUAAAUUAAAGACAUGUCCACACACAGACAAGUUGAGGUGUAUUAACAUAUUUGUUUAUCAUUUGGGUGUUGCAUUCAUAUGGAACCAGUGUUUUCGGAGGCUGAAAACAUGAAGUUUGCACCAUUAAAAAAAAACAACAAAAAAAAAACCUUAUAUGUUAAUUGCCUUAACUUUGUCCACAGCUUUUUGGUAGUUGCAUUAA